AUGUUCCCCACCACCUCUUUUGUUGGCUUCAACAUGUUGCACAUGGCACAGUCAGUCUACCCGGUCCAGCCCGUUUUCCAGCCACUCCAAGACGUCUACGGGGCUCCAACAAUGGCUUAUGGAGUCCAGCUGGCCCUUCCUGUCUUCUACCAGCCCACCGUCGUCCUUCCUCAGCGGCCAGUGGAGUUCUUGCCUCAGGGCAAUCAUGGCCAAACAAGCCGGAGAAAUGGUGACUUUUCGGCGGAAUCAGCGUGCUGGGAAAGUACAGGCCAUCAGGAAGCCUCCUCGACCUCUUCAUCUCCAUGCUUUAGCCAGGAGUCAUCUUCUGGCUACUCUUCGGACAGUGAUAUUGGCUCAUCUCCUGGCCUCGUGCAAUAUCGCUUCCGGAAAGGGCCUCCAGCGGAAAUACGAUUGCCAAUCUUCGAAGCCAUUCACAGAAAAGGCCUCAGGGAGCUUCAAGAUCGCCAGAGAAUCCCCCAGAACGGCCAAAAUGUCCCUUGCACUGAGGGCAAGUCCAACAUGCCAGAGGAAAAGAGGCUUCCCAGAAGAUUCAAAACAGUGCUUUGUAAGCACUUUAUGGCUGGAGAGUGUCGAGAUGGAGACGACUGCAAAUAUGCCCAUGGAGAAGAAGAACUGAGAGUCCCAGAACUGCCAAAAAACUACAAAACAAGGCCAUGCGUAAACUUCAUGUUGAAAAAUUACUGCCCAUUAGGGAAAAAGUGCGAUUUUAUUCAUUAA